CGUCCAGGUGCCUCUUGCCGAUGCUCAGCUCCCUCUGCUUGGCCGCCGCCACUGGAUGGGCUCCGGAGCCGGACCAGCCUUUCCGGUAAGUGGCCGCCGGACCCAGCGCUACGGGCAGGAUCGCGCCCGACGGGCCUUGGAGGGCUAGGGAAGAUGCGGCCGCUGGACCGGGCGGGAUCCGAAAACCGCCUGCCGGGGCGCUCGCGCGCGGUUGCCAAAAGCAGCCCAGCCCCGUCCCGUCCCGUCCCGUCGCCCUCUUGAAGCUCAACUGUUCGCCCGUUUCGGCGGUGGUGGGGGCAGAAGGCGGCACCUUCCAGGCUGGGAACGGUGGAGGCGGCGGCUGAGGCUGAGCGGGUCGUUCUGCGAUUGGGACGCGCGCUGCGGAAAGGCAGGAGUCGGGGCGGGCAAGGAGUCGAUGGCGGCCCGGAGGAGCUGUCGCUUCAGUGCGCGCUCGAGCUCGGCCUGGUUCGACCCCCUCCUCUUCCCUCCUCUGCUGCAGCUGUGUUCCUGAUGGAUGGGGGCACAUGGGCCGUGUUGCUGCCUCUGAGAUGCUGAGCCUGACUUUUGCCCUGCGGCAGCAGAAUGUGGGGCCCCUGGAGGAGCUGGUACAGCGAGUCUCCUCUCCUGACGCUUCAGAAUAUGGGCGGUUCCUGUCACUGGCAGAGGUGCAGGCUCUGGUUGCCCCAUCCUCUCUGACACUCGGCACCGUUCGCAAGUGGCUGAAGGCUCACGGCAUCCGAGACUGCCGCGGUGUCAGCACCAUGGACUUCCUGCAGUGCCUGGUGGUGGUCGAGACAGCAGAGCGCCUGCUUCCAGGUGCUCAGUUCCAUCGUUACGUGAAUGGCAAGCGCAGCAUUGUGAGGUCCCCUCUUCCCUAUACCUUAAGCAAGGAGCUGGCAGACCACGUGGAUUUUGUGGGAGGCCUUCACAGGUUCCCAGCCAAGAGGAAGGUGGUGAGUCGGGCAUGGACCACAGGGAAGUUGCAGCAACGCAGUGCCCUGGCCAGCUUCCACCUGGGUGUGACGCCGGCUGUCAUCCGCAAACGGUACAACCUGACGGAUGGGGAUGUUGGCGCCUCGCCCAACAGCAGCCAGGCCUGUGCCCAGUUUUUGGAGCAGUACUUCCACCAGGCUGAUCUGAAUGAAUUCAUGCAUCUCUUUGGGGGAGGCUUUCCACACCGCUCACGUGUUGAUCAGGUGGUUGGGCACCAGGGCCAGGGGAGGGCUGGCCUGGAAGCCAGCUUGGAUGUGGAGUACCUCAUGAGCACAGGUGCCAACAUCUCCACCUGGGUCUUCAGCAACGCAGGGAGGCAUGAAAGCCAAGAGCCGUUCCUGGAGUGGCUUCUUCUGCUCAGCAACAUGUCUGCGUUGCCCUGGGUGCACACCGUCAGCUAUGGCGAUGAUGAGGACAGCCUGUCACGGGUCUACAUGGAGCGGGUUAACACUGAGUUCAUGAAAGCUGCCGCCCGUGGGAUCAGCAUCCUCUUUGCAUCAGGUGACUCUGGAGCAGGUUGUCGGACGGUUCCAGGAGGGAAACACACCUUCCAGCCUAGUUUUCCAGCUUCCAGUCCUUAUGUGACCACAGUGGGUGGGACGUCCUUCCAACACCCCUUCCUGGUGAGUGAGGAGGUCACAGACUACAUCAGUGGGGGAGGCUUCAGCAACGUCUUUCCUAUGCCAGACUACCAGGUGGCUGCCGUGAAGCACUUCCUGAACACAGCCCCCAAGCUGCCGCCCCCUGCCUACUUCAACAGGACAGGGAGGGCCUACCCAGACGUGGCUGCGUUGUCUGACAACUACUGGGUAGUGACCAACCGCAUCCCGAUACCCUGGGUCUCUGGCACCUCGGCCUCAACUCCUGUGGUGGGGGGCAUCAUAGCUCUGGUGAAUGACCGCCGCUUUCAGCGAGGACUGCCCCCCUUGGGCUUUCUUAAUCCCGCUCUCUACCGGCUCCACGAGAAAGGGAACAACACUGCCCUCUACGAUGUGACCCAGGGAUGCCACCUGUCGUGCCUGGAUGCCACUGUGGAGGGCCAAGGAUUCUGUGCUGCUCCGUCCUGGGAUCCUGUCACAGGGUGGGGGACACCAAACUUCCCGGAGCUCUUGCCUGCAUUGCUGGGCUAGUGGCCCCAUGGGCUACAAUGGGGCUAAGACCCCAUUUAUCCCAGCCGCAAUGCUUGGUGACAUCCACGAUACAUUUCAGCCUCUGGGGGGUUCUAUGGGGAGGUUCUAGAAGGAGCUUGCUUUGUGGCCAGUUCUGUUUCCUCCACUUAGAGGAAUGAGUGUGCGUCGAUGUGUCCAUCUCCAGUGCUGGCUGAGGAUCACAAGGCUAGAACGUCAGCCACCCCGGGCCCAGAUAAAGCCAUGCUGAGGCCCUAAAUGAUGCCAAGCUGAAGAGGCUCCAUCACAUUAUUGUAACAAACAGGGUAAUGAAAUGAGAAAUUUAUAUUUGCAUAUAGAGUGGUACAUUGGCGAGGUUGCAACUAAAAAGUAACAAUCUAUAAAUAAGCCUAUUUGCUUAUGAAAUUGCUCAUGACUCCCUACUUAGAAUAUCUGAAAACGUUUAAGGUACAGCAACACAAGAGGAAAUGAUGCACACAGUUUAGUGCUUACUCGCUGGAAACAGCAACACAACAUGCCACGUGUGUGUGUCUGUGCUGCACGCGACAUUCCUACUGGGAGGAAGGGUGGGAUAGAAAUAUAAUAAAGGGAAGGGCCGUAAUUCAGUGGGAGAGCAUCUGCCUGCCAUGCAGAAGGCUGCAAGUUCAAUCCCCACUGGCAUUGCCAGGCAGGGCUGAAAGAGACUCCUGCCUGAAUCCCUGGGCAGCUGCGGCCAGUCAGUGUAGAGAAUACUGAGCUGGGUGGACCAAUGGGCUGACUCCCUAGAAGGCCGAUUCCUCUGUUCCUAAACAUGGAUGCUACAGGCAGGAGUGAAUGCUCGGGGGGGGGGGCGUUGACUGCUCAGCUGCCCAAGGCUUAUAUAUGAUGAGGUUAACCCUUCCCUCAAGUCAAGUAUAUUUUUGUCGUAUCAAAAAUAAAAUGUCUGUUUCCCUUGUUUUCCUUUAUGUUAACCAAUUAUAUGAAAUUUAGUUGUUCUUGUUUUGUUUUUAGAGGCCCUACUUACUUAGCUUGGGUAUAAAUCUGGCACUGAGCCACUGUGAGCUUGUGGGGCCAGUCUUUGAAAUGGGUGCUGGGAUUGGGAGCAUCCUACACUUGGUCUAAGUCAAGCAGCUGUUGUUCUGCCCUCCUAAAUAGGACUUUUAAGGUAGAGGCAGAGCCUGCAACAUUCUCUUAAGUUUAAAAAAAGGUAAAGGUGUCCCUGCAUUUGUAGUGCGAGUCGUUUUCUGACUCUUAGGGUGACAUCUUGCGAUGUUUACUAGGCAGACCGUAUAUAUGGGGUGGGAUUGCCAGUUCCUUCCCCGGCCUUUCUUUACCCCCCAACAUAGGCCAGGUACUCAUUUUACUGACCAUGGAUGGAUGGAAGGCUGAGUGGACCUCGAGCCCUUUUACCGGAGAUUCGACUUCCUCCUUCCGUUGGAAUUGAACUCCGGCCGUGAGCAGAGCUUCAGCUGCGUUACCGCCACUUACCACUCUGCACCACGGAGGGUCCUGCUCUUAAGUUUAGGAGGUCGCCAAACAGGUUGAAGAUAAUCCGGCUGACUUCUAGUGCUGCUAGGCAAGUGGCCUGCUGACCUUGGGCAUCAGGGGAGUCUGCUCUGUGAGCUGCAUGUGCCCUCUUGGGAACUGCUGAGCAGGGUGGGGGCUGCACACACUCUUGCGAAAAGUUAUUUGUCAGCUGUGUAGGACUCAUGUUGAUUUGGGGUGAUGGAGUUGCCACCUUUUGCCGUGACACAGGUACUGCCCUUUUGCAGCUUUAUUGCAGGCAGGGGUUCCCCUGUUCUUCAAAAGGGGCAUCUUUGCGUGGGGAAAGCCUUGCAGCUUUGUCUUGUGGCUGUUGUUUAAUGCACAGGAGGGCUUCAGUUCAGGAGAAAAGCUGGUGGCUUUGAGAGCAGCCUUAGACUGAGUUUAGUUGUGGCUAGGUUGUGAGUCACAGGUGGGGAGUAUCAAACCCUAGUUUUAAGGGUUUUGACAAGGACAUUCCUGGCCCCCCUGGCUAUGAAGGAAGACCUUGGACUGAACUGGGAGAAGCUGCAGUGUGUGUGUGUGUGUGCGCAGA